AUGAGCACGAUUACCCCUACGUCGCAAGUCCUCCGAGCCGCUGACGUUGACGCCGUUGAUGGAUUUGUUUCUACCGGUGAACAAAUAUGGUUAGUUGUUGGUACCCUACCUUACCAGACCCACCUACUCAUCGGGUACGACACACAGAGUUCUCUCCGAUGGGAAGGAGCCUUUGAUAUGGAGGGAAAAUUGCUUAUUAUUCCAGGUAUGGACCCAUGGCGCCGUGGUGCCUGUGGGGUUCACUGCCGCCACUCGAAUAGACGAUAUACCCCUUCUACAGCACACAAAAAAAAAGCGAGAGGAGGCACGAAGCAAUGUAAACGCAAGUCCCUACGUAUGCAGGCUGAUACAUUUCGUGAAGGUCAUGCGUUACGGCCACAGCUCACUUGGUGCGGUGCUGCAGUCCCCAUACACCUUGGCCGAGCACAGCGUUCACCAACCAAUGCGACCCAGGAGGCGCAGAUGGAAGAUCCCGAACUCCCACCGGUUUCAGAAGCUAGAGCAGCCGCGGGUAGUACAGAGACUCUGCAGCCGCAGUCGCCACGCAAAGCCCGACAUUACUCGGAUGACGUCCGAGAUAUAAAAGACACCCAGGCACUGUAUGAAUCUUAUCGCAUACGCCACAAAGACCCUACACCGGUGAGAUCGCGCUUUGCGCACGCUCAGCCAAUAAAAUAG